AUGGCGCCUAGCAACCAACUAUUUACUUUACGUUCAAUUAUUGAGAAAGAUAAGUUGAAUGGAACAAACUAUGCGGAUUGGAUCCGCAACCUGAGAAUUGUUCUCAGGACUGAGAAAAAGGAAGAUAUUCUAGACAGCCCAUUACCAGAUGAGCCUGCUGAUAAUGCACCUGCUGCAGAGAAAACCGCUUACAAGAAAGCAUGUGAUGCUGAUCUUGAAGUAAGUUGCCUUAUGCUUGCUUGUAUGGAACCAGAUCUGCAGAUGCAGUUUGACAAUAAUCAUGCAGCGUACAAUAUGAUCGUGGCGCUCAAUGAUAUGUUCCAGACUCAAGCCAGGACUGAAAGGUUCAGUGUCUCAAAGGCUUUUGUAGAGAGCAAGCUAGCAGAGGGCGCAACAGUUGGGCCACAUGUGAUCAAAAUGGUUGGUUACACUCAGAGGUUGGAGAAGCUGGGCUUCCCAAUUGUCCAAGAGUUGGCUACUGAUUUUAUUCUCGCGUCUCUUCCACCCAGCUACGGGAAUUUCAUCUCAAACUACCAUAUGCAUGGGGCAGAGAAGGGCUUGAAUGAAUUAUGUGGCAUGCUUAAAACAACAGAGGCUGAUAUAAAGAAAGGUGCUAGUAGUAGCCAUGUGAUGGCUGUCCAAAACAAGCCUAAAUUUAAAAGGAAGUGCAAUUCUUGGAAGAAGAAAAAGGACAAGGCUAAAGAUGAGAUCUCUAAGCCAAACCCAUCUGAGCCCAAGGCUGGACCAGCUGCUGAUGCUGAAUGCUUUCAUUGUCAUGGGAAAGGUCACUGGAAGAUUAACUGCAAGCUGUACCUGGAAUCCAUAAAGGAUCGCGGCAGUAAAGGUCAUAUAAGUGAGAAUCGCAUGAAGAGGCUCCAUUCUGAUGGGCUUUUAACUUCGUUUGAUUUUAAAUCAUACGAGACAUGUGAGGCUUGCCUGCUGGGCAAGAUGACCAAGACGCCUUUUACAGAUAAACUAACACCCAAGUCGGACAAAUGCUUUUUCGUGGGAUAUCCAAAGGAAACUUUAGGGUAUUACUUCUACAACCGAUCAGAGGGCAAAGUGUUUGUUGCUCGGAACGGUGUUUUCUUAGAGAAAGAGUUUCUUAAAAGAGAGAAAAGUGGACAGAAGGUGUAUCUUGAAGAAGUUCAAGAUAAGCCAGUUGGGAAGGAAUCUACGAGUGAUGCUAAUGUAGCAGAACAAGUUGAGAUACCCGUGGCAAUAGAAACACCGCCGCAACCACGAAGGCUAAGGAGCCAAGGAAUCACCAAAAGAAUAAACAUGUACUGUGGAAAUUUCACCUUAUUCGAGAAUUCAAUAGAAGAUGUGUCCCUGAUCAGAGUUCGUGUGAGAAUACACAUGAAUAUUAGAUUAGCACAUAUAUUAGUUGAUGACUAUGUUUCACAAGUCAUAGACAUAGAGAUGUCAAACUAA